UGAAUUAACUUUUGUAAAAAUACAUUCAGUUCCUGGUCUAGUUAAUUAUUACGUCAGUGAGUUAAGGCCAUAACACAUUAAGGAGGAAUCACUUCCCAGCUUGACAUGAUCAGGGAAAUCGAAAGAUGCUUAAGAGUUAUACGUGGGCUGUACUUGAGCUUGCCCACCCCAUCCCACGUCAAGGCCUGCAGGGCGUCAGGUGAAGGUUCUCAGAUGUCACCGAGAAGGAAGAUGGGCAUUUCUGAGAGUGGGAGCAAAGUUCCGAGGAACCGGAAGAUGCCGCCGGGGGAGAAGCGGGAGGUGAAGUCAGGACGCGCCUCCAGUGACGUCACUGAGGGGGCCCUCCGGUGAGCCUCUGCGCCUCCCAGGAGCCGAGCUUUGUCUCAUCAUGGAGUUUUGUCAAGUUCAGGCUCCUACCUCCGAACAAACCUGGCUUGAGGCUGCCCAGGCCUUCAUCCAAGAAACCCUGUGUUCAGCUGGCAAGGAACCUAACGUUCAGUUGACUCAGUUGGUAAUUGAUUGUGUGAAGACUGUCUGGCUGUCUCAGGGAAGGAACCAGGAUUACACACUACCCCUCAGCUAUAGCUUUGUAUCAGUACAGGACCUCAGGACCCACCAGCAUCUGCCAUGUUGCAGUCACCUGUCCUGGAGCAGUAGUACAUACCAGGCUUGGGCCCAGGAGGCUAGACCAAAUGGGACUGCUCUGCCACGGGAGCGGCUUUUACUUUUAGGGAUGCUAACAGACAUAUCAGGGGAACAAGAAUGCAGGGAUGGAAGCCUCUAUGUGCGAGAUAACACUGGAGUCCUGUGCUGUGAGCUCAUAGAUCUGGACCUUUCUUGGUUGGGCCAUCUCUUUCUGUUCCCCAGUUGGAGUUACCUGCCUCCUGCCAGGGGAAAUGCCUCAGGGGAAGGGCAUUUGGAACUCUGGGGUGCCCCUGUGCCAGUGUUUCCUUUGACAAUCAGUCCUGGCCCUGUCACUCCUAUCCCUGUCCUCUACCCAGAGAGUGCCUCCUGUCUGCUCAGGCUCAGAGACUUUAGCAGAGGACAGCAUUGGGAGAGAUGUCUCAUGUCCCAUUUUGCCUGUCUCCUCACAAGCCAGGUCCCUGCUCAGCUGGUGUGGCACCGAGCCCUUUGGCCUGGUAGAGCCUAUGUGCUGACAGAACUGCGAGUAUCCAAGAUCCGUGGUCACCGUUACCAUGUUUGGAUGACCAGUCCCUCCUCCCGUCUGUUGCUGCUGAAACCAGAAUGUAUACGUGAGCUAGAACUGGACCUGGAAGGACCCCUUCUAGAGGCUUCCCCCAAGCUACUUCCCACACCCAGCAACUCCCAGGAAGGGGACAGGAAGGGACAAAGAGGUCUUGUCCGGGACUCCAGACUCUUAUCAUAUUCGGGAACAGUCACUGGAGUGUUGAAUGAGCCUGCUGGCCUCUAUGAGCUGGACAAGCAGCUGGAGCUCUGCCUUGCCUACCAGCAGUUCCAUGACCUUAGGAGGGUGAUGCGAUCAGGGGUCUGUCUGGAGCUCCAGGAUGUUCACCUUCUUCAGUCAGUGGGUGGAGGGACAAAAAGGCCAGUGCUAGCUCCCUGCCUCCGUGGUGCUGUUCUUCUUCGGAACUUCUCUUGUCAGAAGCCUGAAACUCAGUCAUCCCACCAAGCCUAUGGGGCGUCCCUGUAUGACCAGCUGGUAUGGGAAUAUCAGUUAGGACUUCCCCUCUACCUGUGGGCGACCAAGACCCUGGAAGAGCUGGCUUGCAAGCUAUGCCCCCAUGUGCUGAGACACCACCAGUUCCUGCAGUGUUCCCCUCCUGGGAACCCCAGCCUAGGACUACAACUCCUGGGUCCUACCUUGGAUGUUCUAGCUCCAGCAGGCAGCCCCAUUCGGAAAGCACAUAAUGAGAUCUUUGAAGAGCUGCAUCACUGUCCCCUCCAGAAGUAUGCUCGGCUGCAGACUCCCUACUCUUUCCCUACUCUGGCUACCUUGAAAGAGGAAGGAUUGCACAGGGCCUGGGCCUCUUUUAACCCUAAGGCUCUUCUGCCCCUCCCAGAAUCCUCCCACCUGUCCAGCUGCCAACUCAAUCACCGCCUGGCCUGGUCCUGGCUCUCUCUGCUGCCCUCUGCCUUCUACCCAGCUCAGGUUUUACUUGGGGUUCUGGUGGCUUCAUCUCGUAAAGGUUGUCUGCAACUUAGGGACCAAAGUGGUUCCCUGCCCUGCCUGCUCCUGGCCAAGAACUCACAGCCCCUCACUGACCCAUGGCUCAUAGGCUGUCUGGUGCGGGCAGAGAGGUUUCGGUUGGUCAUAGAGAGGACUGUCAUAAGUAACUUCCCGUCCUGGAGGGAGCUGAGCAUGCCAGACUUCAUCCAGAAGCAGCAGGCCAGGAUCUAUGUCCAGUUCUUUCUGGAGGAUGCCCUAAUCCUACCUAUACCCAGAUCCUUCCUUCAUUCAGCCACUCGCUCAACACCUCAGACAGAUCCCACCUGCCCACGCAGACCCUACGAAGAACAGAGCCGACUGUUCUUGCUGUCCCACAAAGAGGCCCUCAUGAAACGGAAUUUUUGUGUCCUCCCAGGAGCCUGUUCAGAGGUUCCCAAGCCCACACUCUGUUUCCAUGUGUCAGGGAGCUGGCUUGGAGGUUCACAGAGGAAGGAAGGGACUGGAUGGGGCCCAGCCGAGCCUCAGAGAAGUGAGGACAAGGAUAAGAAGGUUCUCCUUAUCUUCCAUGGCUCUUCAGUCCGCUGGUUUGAGUUCCUGCACCCAGGGCAUGUGUAUCGACUUGUGGCUCCUGGCCCCCCUACAUCAAUGUUGUUCGAGAAAGACAGUUCAUCUUGCGUGUCUCAGCGUCCUUUGGAGUUGGCUGGCUGUGUAUCUUGCAUCACUGUCCAGGAUGAGUGGACCCUGGAGCUUGAGAACUCUCAGGAUAUUCCAGGUGUUCUGAGUACAAACAAGGCACUGCCUGAGUCCUCACUGACUGACCUACUCAGUAGCAACUUCACCGAUUCCUUAGUGUCUUUCUCAGCUGAGAUUUUGUCACGGACACUGUGUGAGCCCCUUCUGACCCCUCCCUGGACGAAGCCUGGGAACACAAAGGCCAUGCGAGAGUGUGUGAGGCUAACUGUACUCCUACUUACUGCUGACUGUGAAUUCCCCCCUCACCUGGACAUCUAUAUUGAAGACCCAUACUUGCCUCCCUCACUAGGACUUCUUCCAGGAGCCCGGGUCUACUUUAACCAGCUGGAGAAAAGAGUUUCCAGAUCCUAUAACGUUUACUGUUGUUUCCGGUCAUCCACUUAUGUGCAGAUCCUGAGUUUUCCCCUGGAGACUACAACCAGUGUUCUCCUGCCCCAUGUCUACCUGGCUGAACUUCUACAGGGUGGCAGGGCCCCAUUCCAGGCCACUGCUUCUUGCCAUAUUGUUUCUGUGUUUAGCCUUCAGCUCUUCUGGGUGUGUGCUCAUUGUACCAGCAUCUGCCCCCAGGGGAGGUGCACUCGUCAAGGCCCAACUUGCCCUACGCCAACAUCUGUAAGCCAGGCCAGCAUCAGGCUCCUGGUGGAGGAUGGGACAGCUGAAGCUGUGGUAACCUGUAGGAAUCAUCAUGUGGCAGCAGCACUAGGACUGAGUCCUAGUGAGUGGACCUCUCUCCUAGAGUUUGUCCAAGUGCCAGGGAAAGUGGCCUUGCAAUUUUUAGGGCCUGGAGCCCAGCUUGAGUCCUCAGCCAAGAUUGACAAGCCCUUGACCCUCUUCCUCUGGACACUUUGUACCAGCCCCUGUGCCCUCCGCCCUAUUGUACUUUCUUUUGAGCUUGAGAGGAAACCCUCUAAGAUUAUCCCAUUAGAGCCUCCUCGGCUACAGCGAUUCCAGUGUGGAGACCUCCCUCUCCUGACUCAUGUGAAUCCUCAGCUCAGACUAUCCUGCCUUUCUAUACAAGAGUCAGAGCAUCCUAGCUGUCUGGGGGUCUCUGCUUCCUCCUAUUUAACCUGAACUACAAGAAUGGCCUGAAAGUUCUUCUGGCCUUGCCGGAAACCUGAGACCUGGGUCCCAGCUCUUCCCCUUUGUCAUAGCUCCUACUUUCUCUGUGACUUGAGAUCCCUGGAGUCACAAACUGCUGCCCACUGUAAUUGCUCCUCCUUGGUAUUCUGGCAUGGGUCUGCCUGGGAGAAAUUGUGGAAACAAAUCAUUGUGCUGUUGUUAACUUCCUCUCUGGGGUCAAGCACCUGCACUCACAGGUGACCCUGAGCACCUGAGUUCUGCCUUUGUGGUAGGAGCUGGAGGAACACGACUUUCACCCUGUGGAGGUGCUGAUGACAGGCCUUUUGGCCUGCAGUAAAUAAAGCUCUGGUGAAGUUUC